CAGCGCGGCAAAACCCAUCACUCGGGGCUACAUAUUCCAAGCCAACCAAGUGUUAGACCCGUGCUGUCGGAUUGCUCUUCUGGUUUUGCCUUUAGUGUGAACUGGGAGGCGAGGGUUGCGUUGUGAUAGCAACUAGUCCUAUCUCUGCGCAGGAUUCACAGCUCCAAGUUCCGUCCAGGGUCGGCUUGUGACAGGUCUUAAAACCAUGAUUCCGCUCGGAGAGUGUAUGUACGCUGGCAGAAAACGGAGGAAACCGAUUCAGAAACACAAGUCAACACCGACCACUGUGAAGUCCAAUCCAUCUAAAAGGCACAGAGACCGUCUGAAUGCUGAAUUAGACCAUUUGGCCAAUCUCUUGCCAUUUCCACCAGAUAUUAUUUCCAAAUUGGAUAAACUUUCCGUUCUACGCCUCAGUGUCAGCUACCUCCGAGUGAAAAACUUCUUUCAAGCCUUAGAAGAGACAGAGAUGAGGAAGGAAUCUCGUCAACUUAUCAACCAUGACAUGAAGGAUAGUCAGACCACGCCUUUGACUGAGAAUUGGCAGUCGGAAGGGGAGCUUCUGCUAGAUGCACUGGAUGGGUUUGUACUUCUAGUGAGUGCUGAUGGAAUGAUAUUUUAUGCAUCUCCUACAAUCAUCAACUAUCUGGGAUUUCAUCAGACUGACGUGAUGCACCAGAGUGUGUAUGACUUUAUCCAUGUUGAUGAUCGGCAGGAGUUUCAGCGGCAGCUACACUGGGCCAUGAAUCCACCCCAGCAGGUACCUGGGCCAGAACCUCCAGGACAGGGAGCUAAUGGUGAUGAGUAUCGGGGCUCUUUCAAAGUUCGUGACUCAAAAAUUCAUGACCCAAAAGUUCUGCCACCAGAGUUUUCUCCAUUUUUGAACCGUUGUUUCAUCAGUCGAGUGCGUUGCCUGUUGGACAGCACGUCAGGAUUCCUGACAAUGCAGUUCCAGGGCAGACUGAAGUACCUCCAGGGACAGAGGAAGAAAACUGGUUCUGGUGCCAACCUUCCCCCACAGCUGGGUUUGUUCUGUAUUGCCGUGCCACUGCUGUUCCCUCCCAUCAACGAGAUGAAUCUGAAAGGGUUGCUCCUCAAAACCAAACACAGGCUCGAUGUCAGUCCUCAGACACUCAAUGCAAAGGGCAAAGCAGCUGCAGGAUGGUCAGACACAGAGGUCCGAGCAAGGUCAGGUUGCCAUUACCUCCAUUUCACAGACAUGCUGUACUGCGCAGAGAACCAAAUACGAAUGGUGAAUGCUGAAGAAAAGGGACUUAGAGUCUUCAGAGUACUCACAAAGGAAGGCCAGUGGGUUUGGCUUCAAAGUAAUGGCCAUCUGCCCUACAGGAACAAAACCUCAGAAGAUGCCACAGCACCUAAAGAUGAAAUCAAGGAUGCAGAGAGAUCCAGAGAGGACCGUCUGAGAAACCAAUCAAAUGUAGACCAGGCUGCCAGUGCCAACAGACUAGUCUACAACAACUGCACUGAAACACCUCUGCAGUUGAAACAUCUAUAUGAGCAGCACUCAGAAAAAGAAGGAAGAGAGGAGAAAUAUGAACCCAUUAGAAGUGACAAUGGUGUUAACCAAAAUGAACCACUUAAUUUUUGCACCUCAUUUCCCAGGAGUCCAAAAGUUACCAUGGCAGAUGAUUUAUGGGGCCCAGAGUACUCCAGAGGUCUCUCGAAUUUGCAGCCACCAAAACAAAUGGAGAGGUUAAGUAACAUUCCUGUUCGAGAGGCCAAGCCCUUCUGUGGUAGAAGUAGACUGCUGUCCGAGCCUCGGCUUAGGGGUAGCACCCAGGCCUCCAGCUUUCAAAGUAUAUCCCAGAGCUUCAGGAACAUCGGCGAAGAGGUGCAACAGAACCAGCCCUAUGGCACCUUGCCAUACACUAACCUGGAUGGUUACCCGUCUGAAAGCUGUAAGUCUGAAGAUGCCAGCUUUGUGGCUAGCAGGCCAAAGGAGCACCCUGCGGGGUACUGCAACAGUGCAGAAGUAUUUCUGGGAGUGCACAUCAAAAGUGAAUACAGUCCUGACUCGCACAAUGAAAUGGAUGAGCCACUAGGAUCCCCAAGUCAUCAGUGGGCUGACACCGGAGAGGUUGGGCAAAAAAUGGCAACGAGCUUCCCAGGGCAGCCACAGGUGAAGUGUGAUCCCAAUACAAUGGAGCAGUUGCCACCCUGCGAAAAACUGAAGACUCCUUUGCUACCCCCAUUCUGCAGAGCCAGCGUGGCCAAGGGCAGCAGCCUAUGGAUGGCAAACAGCGCAUGUAGCCACAACCGACUGUUGAAACAUGACAUAGACAUGGCUCAUUUCAGUCCACAGAGCGCUGCUCAAUCCCGUUGCACUCACCAUGAUCAACCCGUAGACUGUUUGCAGGCAAUUGCCUUCCCACAGCGUCUUAUCCAGGACAAGGACUUGAGUCAGGAUACACACAAAAUACCACUGCAGUUCAAAGGUCAUGACCUAAUCCACGCAGUCAUCAAACGAGAACCCUCACUCUCUCCUCCCUGGUCUUGUGACAAUCCACACAACACACAGACAAGCUUACAAAGAAAUAUGCCCAGUUGUUUGAUAAAUUCAUUGACUCAUAAAAUUACACAGAACACAUAUUUGUAAUUUUUUAAAUAAUGACAUUGUUUUAAAGUUUUAUUUCAAAAUGCCUUUGCUCUGAGAAUGUUUAAUGAAAAUAUUUACUUUGCUGUAAACCCUGAUGUAUUACCCAUCGCCAUUUGUUUUGCAAUUUUGUAUGAAGAUUUUCAUUAUAAUUUGCCGUUGAUGUAUUGUGUAUGAAUGUAACAGUCUUGGAGUACAUGAUAUACAUUGAAAUACUUGAUAUUUAUGUCUGAGGAAUCCACAGGUAGAACAACAAUUUGGAUUUGUACAGUGCUUUCAAAAUAAUAAACAUCCCAAAGCAUUUUAAAGCAUCAUUAGCAGACAGAAUUUGGUUCUAAGCCCUGUAAAGAAGAUAUUGGGACAUCUUGUCCAAAGAGAGAGGCUUUAAGGGGUGUUGUCAAGGAAGAGAGGGCUAGAGAGGAAAAGAGAGUCAGUGGGGCAUUUGGGAAAUUCCAAAACUUAGGGUCUACACUUUCAAGUCAUGGUCUCCAGUUGAAUGUAAUAAAUCUCUGAUUUUAAUUUGGGAUAUUGAGUGUAUGGAUUAAAAUUAGAGCAACUGUUUGGUCAAAAGAUAUGUAGCCUUUAUGUUGUCUAUACAAAAACAUUUAAUUUCUUUUUUUUCACCUUCACUGAGUUUCUGGUCUUGUCCUUAAGACAAUUGUCCACUUUUCUGCUGUUGAUAUCUUGUCCAAAUCAUUUUUUCAUGCUAUCAGUCUAUGAAAUGGCUGAUCCACCAUAUACCUCAGCCUUAUCUAGUCUGAACCUGAUAUCCACAAAGUUCCAGCACCAGAGCAUUGGGCAGCAACAUGGAUAAAUGUGGUGUAUUUCACCUGAAAUGACUACAUUCAGAUUAAUUACAAUCCUGGGAUGCGUAACUGGUAUAACUCAGGUUAAAUCUAGGAUCUUCCUUUGUCAGUAUCAUACAUGGACCUUAUUUCUUUUUUCAUUUUAAAUCAUCUAAUAUAAAAUUACUUUGCUUAUUAUGUUUGUUCUUCUGCAAACUAUGUGCUAUUGCAAACAAAAUAAUGUGCAAAGAGUUUUUCUGUUCUUUUGCAAUUGAAAAAAGGAAAUGAACUAUCUUGGGACAUCUUUUUGCAUUAAAGGGACAAUAUAAAUUCAUGUUGUUGUAUCCAACACAUAGAAUAUCAGAGCGUGGAGAUGCACAUCAUCUUUAUAUUGAAUUUCUAUUGUUUGUGGGCCUGUGCCGACACUCAUUCAUGUUCAAACCUGCUCUGUAACAAAUCAUGGGGUAGGAUAUUCACCCCAUUAUAGAACAGGAACAUGGCAUCAUUUUGACCACCAGCUGGCAUGCCAGCUUACCAGCAUUAUCCUAGCCCCAAGCAGUUUUUGUAAAUGCUUGGUCAGGGGUAGAUCAGCGACCCACCUGCAAGUGGGUGGUAGAUAGUUAGGAUCAUUAAAACCCCAAUUAAUGUCUUGGACCAGAGGCCAACUGGAAUGUUCUUCAAAUUGAAAAGUCCUCUUUAUUCCUUCAGCAGCUUCUUCUGUACUGGAGAGUCCUUUAGCUUUAAAAGCCCACCCACCAUUGUUAAUUGGUGGUAUGUUUUCAAGCCCCUAAUUGAAAAGAAUCAAGGCAAAAUCAGUGAGCUUUCCUUACAUAAUGCAGGGUUAGAAUCAGGGUUUGAUCCUGAUGUCAAGAUCCUGACCCCAAGUAGAAAAAUCUAUCCAUAGCCUUAGUAGUAUAAUGGCUGUAUUGUUGGACUGUACCUCCAUAAAGUUUACAUCUAAUGUGACCAUGUGGCUGUUGGAUUAUCAUUAAAAACAAUGAUGACCUUUCAGGAAGGAAACCUGUCACCUUUGUUCAGUGUGGUCUCUGUGUGUGAUUUCAUAACAGACUUUCUGUUGUGCUCUGGAAGAGACCAUGACAAACUCAUAAUGAUACUCAGUUGUAUCACCACCUUCUCAAAGUAAUCAGGGAAUGGCAAUAAAUUAUGGCCUUGCCAAUGAUGCCAACAUCCCAUUAGCAAUAUUGUUAAAGCCACAGGUGCCUGCAAACAUAUUCCUCAUCUUUUAUGUUUGCAUUUGUAUAGCAUUUUAAAUACUUGCCAAGUCAAUAUUGUGGUUUCUUUUGUUCAGAUGUGUCGUAAUCAUAAGAAUCAGGAAAUACAGGCACAAAUCACAGGAAAUCAGGCACAUCAAAUUGUUUCAUUGACAUAAUAAAAUAGGAGCAUCACAUUUGAUUAAAUUCUUGUUUACAGUACAUCAUUCUGAUAGCAUCAACAUAAGAAUAUCAAUGUAACUUGUAAGUAAAAGUUUACAGCUAAGUUUGAAAUUAGAUUUCCUUUUUGGCAAUGUUUUUCCCAUUGCAUUUAUAUAUUACACCUGUGACGUAAUCACUGCAAGAUUAAAGGGACUUCACCUCAGUAAAUCACUAGGAGACAUUUAACAUCAUUCAAUCCAUCGAUCACAACAUUGUGUUUUAAUUUAAAUGGCUUCCCUGUGAAGAUUAAUAUAAUUCUCUCCGCUUGUUGUCUCAAAAAUGAUUACUUGUGAGUUGUCUCCUUCAGAAUGUCAGAAAAGUAUGCCUAGCGUAUUAAAUCAAGUAUUAAAAGGAUAAAAUUUUGAGGACAAGCACUUCACCACCACUGUUUACGAACUGCUAAAGUACAUUGUCAAUGUUGCUGCUCAUCUUUGUAAAAUAAAAACAGCAAUAAUGUACAGAAAGCAACAUUUAUUUACGAAAUGCCAAUUUUGUUUUCAUUAUAUGUGACAUCUUUAUUACUUUGCUUUUGUUUGUGUCUAUUAACAUUUUUUUUAGGGGUGGUGCAAAUUACAGCAGAAAAGCACUUGUAGGUCAAGUAUUGCUGGUAACCAUUUCCGUUUCAACAAGUUGCCUUAAAGCCAACUUCAUAAACCCACCGCUAAGACAAAUCAGUCUUUGGCAGUUCAAACCUAUCACCGGUAAGCACUUGUUCCCUCCCAACUUCCCUUUAGGAGGACAGCAAGAUUUUUGUACUAAGUUUUUCUGCAGUUCCUAUUGCAUUAUUUAGAAGUUAAUGUACCAGCAGAUAUUUCUGAGAUCAUUUGCAAGUUUUUAAAUUAUAUUUUAUAUUCAAUGCUAGUCAAUCUUAAUGUUGCACACACACAGUCAAAACCUAAUGUUGUUUUCAGAUGGGGGAAAACACAAUGUAUUUCAGUCCACAUUUUAACAUCAUACAUUCUGUCCUUUCCUGUUCACUUCCAUGAUAAGUUCCUAUGUCUCCACCUUUAAAUGGAUAUGAGCUGUGAGGCAUUAAACUGAGGCUCCAUCUGCCUCUCAGGUAAAUGUAAAUGAUUCAUAGUUGUCCUUCAAAGAAAACAGGAACUGGUGUCCAAGUCCAAGUCAACAAAUAUCCCUCAAAUUAGUUCACUAAAUUAUGUACUCAUUAUUACAUUGCUGAUUAGGGGAGCUUGCUGUGCAUAGAUUGGCUGCCAUGUUUUCCUUACAUAAUGCAGGGUUGGAAUCAGGGUUUGAUCCUGAUGUCAAGAUCCUGACCCCAAGUAGAAAAAUCUAUCUAUGGCCUUAGUAGUAUAAUGGCUGUAUUGUUGGACUGUACCUCCAUAAAGUUUACAUCUAAUGUGACCAUGUGGCUGUUGGAUUAUCAUUAAAAACAUUGAUGACCUUUCAGAAAGGAAACCUGUCACCUUUGUUCAGUGUGGUCUCUGUGUGUGAUUUCAUAACAGACUUUCUGUUGUGCUCUGGAAGAGACCAUGACAAACUCAUGAUGAUACUCAGUUGUAUCACCACCUUCUCAAAGUAAUCAGGGAAUGGCAAUAAAUUAUGGCCUUGCCAAUGAUGCCAACAUCCCGUUAGGAAUAUUGUUAAAGCCACAGGUGCCUGCAAACAUAUUCCUCAUCUUUUAUGUUUGCAUUUGUAUAGCAUUUUAAAUACUUGCCAAGUCAAUAUUGUGGUUUCUUUUGUUCAGAUGUGCCGUAAUCAUAAGAAUCAGGAAAUACAGGCACAAAUCACAGGAAAUCAGGCACAUCAAAUUGUUUCAUUGACAUAAUAAAAUAGGUGCAUCACAUUUGAUUAAAUUCUUAUUUACAGUACAUCAUUCUGAUAGCAUCAACAUAAGAAUAUUAAUGUAACUUGUAAGUAAAAGUUUACAGCUAAGUUUGAAAUUAGAUUUCCUUUUUGGCAAUGUUUUUCCCAUUGCAUUUAUAUAUUACACCUAUGACAUAAUCACUGCAAGAUUAAAAGGACUUCACCUCAGUAAAUCACUAGGAGACAUUUAACAUCAUUCAAUCCAUCGAUCCCAACAUUGUGUUUUAAUUCAAAUGGCUUCCCUGUGACAACAAUUCAAAAGUAUCCUACUACCCGUGAGAACUUUGGAAUGGCCACACAAUGUACAAGUGCUAUAUAAAUGCAAGCUCUGUUAUUUUUCUUUCCAUAUGUAAAAUCAUUCUAUACACUACCAUACAUGGUAUUGCCAUAUUUUCCAGUACAAGUACGGACAGAUUUUUAAUGUUGAAAUAAUAACAAGAGAUUUUUGCAAAUAUUAGGUUUUUAACAUAGAAUUUGAAAUAUAGAUGCAACAACUGAGUUUUUCUAAAGCUUGAG